CUGCCAUGAAUUUGCAGGGAGCCGAGACAGCUGAGCACGGGAGCCAGCCCUGAGCGGCGGAGAACAAGAGGAUGUCUCAUCCUGGCGAGCAGCUGCUGCCGGCGUGAAGCGAGGAUGAGGCCACGGGAGGAGGCAGCUGCCCCGGCACCCUCCGAGAGCCCCUGCUCCUGCAGAGCCAUGUCCCGACCCCGGCGGGCUGCGCUGCACUCCGGGCAGCUUUGAAGUUAGAGGAGGCAGUUGUGUUUAGAAAGGCAAGAGAUGAACUGAAGAUUAAACAUGUAUGGGAAUUAUCCUCACUUCAUUAAGUUUCCUGCGGGCUUUGGCAAUUCCCCUGUUCACGCCAGCUCCACAUCUGUGAGCCCGUCGUCAAGCCUUUCCACGGGAAAUUCGGUGGACGGGCACCACAACUACCUCGAGGCCCCCGCGAACGCCUCCCGGGCACUGCCGUCCCCCAUGAACGCGAUCGGGUCUCCGGUGAAUGCGCUGGGCUCGCCGUACAGAGUCAUCGCGUCCUCCAUCGGCUCACACCCCGUUGCUCUGUCCUCAGCCCCGGGCAUGAAUUUUGUGACACACGCCAGUCCGCAGCUCAAUGUCCUGAACAAUGUCAGCAGCCUGGAGGACGUCAAGCCCUUGCCAGGUCUCCCAGGUAUUGGGAACAUGAAUUACCCAUCUACAAGCCCAGGAUCCUUAGCCAAACACAUCUGUGCCAUCUGUGGGGACAGGUCCUCAGGGAAGCACUACGGGGUGUACAGCUGUGAGGGCUGCAAAGGCUUCUUCAAGAGGACGAUCCGGAAGGACCUGAUCUACACCUGCCGUGACAACAAGGACUGCCUCAUAGACAAGCGCCAACGCAACCGCUGCCAGUACUGCCGCUAUCAGAAGUGCCUCGCGAUGGGGAUGAAGAGGGAAGCUGUGCAGGAGGAGAGGCAGAGGAGCAGGGAGCGGAGCGAGAACGAGGCCGAGUCCACAAGCAAUGGCAGCGAGGACAUGCCCGUGGAGAGGAUCCUGGAAGCUGAGCUGGCAGUCGAACCCAAGACGGAGGCGUACAGCGACGUGAACACAGAAAGCUCAACAAACGACCCUGUCACCAACAUAUGCCACGCGGCUGACAAGCAGCUCUUCACGCUCGUCGAGUGGGCCAAGCGAAUCCCCCACUUCUCCGACCUGACGCUGGAAGACCAAGUCAUUCUCCUCCGGGCAGGCUGGAAUGAGCUGCUCAUUGCCUCCUUCUCCCAUCGUUCCGUGUCGGUGCAAGACGGCAUCCUCCUGGCCACGGGCUUGCACGUGCACCGCAGCAGUGCUCACAGUGCUGGUGUGGGCUCCAUCUUCGACAGGGUUUUGACAGAGCUGGUGUCCAAAAUGAAAGACAUGCAGAUGGAUAAGUCGGAGCUGGGGUGCCUGCGAGCCAUUGUCCUGUUUAACCCAGAUGCCAAGGGUUUGUCCAGCCCCUCAGAAGUGGAAUCGCUGAGGGAGAAGGUCUAUGCCACGCUGGAAGCCUACACGAAGCAGAAGUACCCAGAGCAGCCAGGGCGGUUUGCCAAACUCCUUUUGCGCCUGCCGGCGCUGCGGUCCAUCGGGCUGAAGUGCCUGGAGCACCUCUUCUUCUUCAAGCUGAUUGGGGACACCCCCAUCGACACCUUCCUCAUGGAGAUGCUGGAGACACCCCUGCAGGUCACUUGA